UAUUCUUUUCGUUUUCAAUUCCAACGCGACAUCCACACUCCACUCUCCCUCUCUCGUCGAUCACCAAAACCAAAACCAAAACCAAAACCCCCCAAAGAUUCCGACUUUCCACAACCAUGGCUUCCUCCACCACCGACGACCUCAAGAAAACCCUCGGCGACCUCGACAAGGACUCCUUCAUAUCCCUCCUCUCCAAGCUCAUCGGCGAGGCCGAGUUCGUCCAGAACAACCCCCCCGACCUCAUUCCUCAGGAGGACCGAGUCGUCAAGCACGUGCUCGCCUCUCUCUUGCCCCUUAGCACCACCACCGGCGGCGGACCCCUCCUCAUCAAUCACGUGACUUACCACCCCGGCAGGGGCAACGUGAUUGUGGAGUACCCGGGGACUGUGCCCGGGAAAGUGCUGUCCUUUGUGGGGUGCCACAUGGACGUCGUCACUGCCAAUCCUGAUGACUGGGAAUUUGAUCCCUUCUCCUUGAGCAUUGAUGGGGACAAACUGCGUGGCCGAGGCACCACUGAUUGCUUAGGGCAUGUUGCACUUGUAACUGAGCUCAUGAGAAGGCUGGCGCAGACAAAACCAAAACUGAAGUCAACUGUGGUGGUUGUCUUGAUAGCAAAUGAAGAGAAUUCUUCCAUUGCAGGAGUUGGUGUGGAUGCACUUGUGAAGGAUGGGCUACUCAACAAGCUAAAGGAUGGUCCUUUGUUUUGGAUAGAUACAGCAGAUAAACAACCAUGUAUUGGUACUGGUGGAUCGAUACCUUGGAAGCUUCAUGUGACUGGGAAGCUUUUUCACAGUGGUUUACCGCACAAGGCUAUAAACCCUUUGGAGCUAGCUAUGGAAGCACUGAAGGAGAUCCAAUCUCGGUUCUAUAGAGAUUUUCCUCCCCAUGAUAAGGAAAAGGUGUAUGGAUAUGCAACACCGUCAACCAUGAAACCAACUCAAUGGAAAUAUCCAGGUGGUGGAAUAAAUCAAAUUCCUUUUGAGUGUACAAUUUCAGGAGAUGUCAGGUUAACUCCAUUCUACAACGUUACGGAUGUGAUGAAAAAGCUUCAAGAAUAUGUGGAUGACAUUAAUGAAAACAUAACAAAGCUAGACUCACGAGGUCCAGUUUCAAAGUAUGUCCUGCCUGAUGAAAACUUACGGGGAAGACUUACAAUAAGCUUCGAUGAGACAUCAUCUGGAGUUGCUUGUGACCUGGAGUCUCGCGGCUUUCAUGUAUUAUGCAAAGCUACUGAAGAGGUUGUUGGCCAUGUGAAGCCUUACUCGAUUACUGGAACUUUGCCUCUCAUUAGAGAACUGCAGGAUGAAGGAUUCGAUGUUCAAACUUCUGGAUAUGGCUUGAUGUCCACAUACCAUGCCAAGAAUGAGUACUGCCUAUUUUCUGAUAUGGCGGAAGGCUACCGGGUGUUUGCAAGUGUUAUCUCCCAACUAGAAGAUUGAGGAUCAGCAAAGAAAGAAAGUACCAAAACUUUUAAAGAUUUGGAAUAAUGAGGGAAGCUGCAAGUGGGGAAUGGUACUGCCAAAUCAUGCUUUGAAUUCACUGCAUUUUUUUCCUUUUUAGUUCCAAUGUGACAAGUUACUGCAAUUAAACUGCAUGUCCUGUCCUUGUUUUAUUGCAGUAGCUUCCUUCACACAUACCAUAGGAAAAGGUGUAUAAGGGGACAGGAUCAGUUGUCUUAUUCAAUGUGGCUUGGUGAAGAAUGUGACCUUACUUUCAGCUUAGUGAUCGGUGUUUAAACUUGUCUUACUAAGAGUUACAAUUUUUGUACUGAGUUUCUUUCAUUUCUCUUUAUCUCAUCUGGCCCAGCAUACCCUUGAAAUGUAUUCUGAGAUUUGUUCUCUAGUACGCACUUGGAAUCAAUUGUCACCUAUCAAUGGAUCUAAAAUUCAGCUGUA